GGCGGGUGCAGUUGCUCUCACCUGCUUGCCCCAGCUCGAUCCCGGCCCGGAGCAGCGGCGGCGCGGGCUUCCGCUGUCCGCUGGCUGAGGACCUUCAGCUCCCCCUUGGUCCCGCGCGAGCUCCGAAUCCUGUCCGCGGCAGGGGCCAGCGGCCCCUCCCCUCCCCUCUGAGGAUAGAAGAUGAGCUUCCUCUUUAGUAGCCGCUCUUCUAAAACAUUCAAACCAAAGAAGAAUAUCCCUGAAGGAUCUCAUCAGUAUGAACUCUUAAAACAUGCAGAAGCAACUCUAGGAAGUGGGAAUCUGAGACAAGCUGUUAUGUUGCCAGAGGGAGAGGACCUCAAUGAAUGGAUUGCGGUUAACACUGUGGAUUUCUUCAACCAGAUCAACAUGUUAUAUGGAACUAUCACAGAAUUCUGCACUGAAGCAAGCUGUCCAGUCAUGUCUGCAGGUCCAAGAUAUGAAUAUCAUUGGGCAGAUGGUACUAAUAUUAAAAAGCCAAUCAAAUGUUCUGCACCAAAAUACAUUGACUAUUUGAUGACUUGGGUUCAGGAUCAACUUGAUGAUGAAACUCUUUUUCCUUCUAAAAUUGGUGUCCCAUUUCCUAAAAACUUUAUGUCUGUGGCAAAGACCAUUCUAAAACGUCUGUUCAGGGUUUAUGCCCAUAUUUAUCACCAGCACUUUGAUUCUGUGAUGCAGCUGCAGGAGGAGGCCCACCUCAACACCUCCUUUAAGCACUUUAUUUUCUUUGUUCAGGAGUUUAAUCUGAUUGAUAGGCGUGAGUUGGCACCUCUUCAGGAAUUAAUUGAGAAGCUUGGAUCAAAAGACAGAUAAAUUUUUCUUCUGGAACAGUUACCCUCUUGCUUCACCUACUGCUAGAGCUAUCUCGUUGCUUUCUGUUAUAGACUAGUGAUACAAACUUUAAGAAAACAAGAUAAAAAGACACCUAUUGUCUGUGUCUACUGAUAAAACUGUCCCAAAGGUAGGUUGGCCUAAUACCUUCAGAGUGAGAAAUUCAGGACACAGCUGAAUCUGAGGCACUGUGUGACCACUGCUGUUACUGCCAUAGAGCCAUACUUGGUUGUAGAAUGUGAGGACUAACCUGUAGUUUAUUAGUUUACUUACUCUUUUACUGAAGAAGAUGAUCGACUCUGUUUCAGGUGACAGCAUGAUGGAUAUUAAGAAUUUCCAAUAAUUUAUUAACAGGUUUCCAGAACAAAUUUCCUAAUAAUGCAAUCACAGAUCAGUUUUAUUCUGCUUUUAUUUUACAAAUAGAAGAGGUGUUCUAAAAUUUCCUUAAGAUUUAGAACAUUUGUGUCACUUUGGAUAACCUUGUAGUUUGAAGUUUGUAUGCUAGUGUUUUUAUAGGUAAGAUUAUAUAUAUGUAUAUUUUUUCAAAAUCCAUGAUUGCAGUUUAAAUCAUCAUAUGACAUGUGGUAUGGGAGUAACCAAAGUUAUUUCUAAAAGGACUUUAUUUUUUAAUCUUUAUUUGGGAUUUUAUUCACAUAAACCUAUCUAAAUUUUUAGUGUGUGUGUAUCAAAUAAUUUUUUUAAGGCAUCUAAGGAUCGUCUUGCAGAUUUUUAUUUUGAAAUGCUUCAUUCAGAUUAAUUUUAAUAUGUAGGUUUUGGCUGAGGAAAGAAAAACUUCCAAAAAAUUAUGACAAAUUUGGGUCUCAUAAACCAUUAUUUUCAUUCAUGUUUGUUUCAGAGGCCUUAAAAUUUGGAUAGGAGAAUGGAAGAAAGUACUCAGAGUACUUGACUAUUUUAUUUUGAGUUUUCCUUUAAAAAGAAACUACUUUUAUACGUUUUUAUUGUGACUUGAGACUUAGUUAAGUGUAGUGUAGAAAUGCACGAACCUUAUCCCAAUAAGGAUAAAACGUAAGGAAAACCACAAUAAAAAACCUUGAAGGUGUACACAUUUUAUAACCCAGCUAAAAAUUUGAUGUGCUGCCUGUUCUUUAAUGUGUGCGUGUGUUGGGCGAGGGGGGGUAAUAUGUUUAAAUGAGACAAAAUGGGAUAAGUUAAAAAAAAAAAAAAAAA